AUGAACCGGAGUUUCCACAAGUCUCAGACCCUGCGCUUCUACGACUGCAGCGCGGUGGAAGUCAAGAGCAAGCUGGCGGCGACCCGGCGCGCCGCACGGUGGAGGGGCGACAUUUCCGGGGCGACCCGGGGGCUGCUCGGAUUCGGGGCCGUGGAGGGGCCUCGGGGGCCCGGGCCAGGGGAGGGCCCUGGCCGCGCCGCCUCCUUCAUUGCGGAGGAGUCUCGGAACCGUGUGGAACACUUCGGCCUUCAGGAGGUUCCUUCGUGCCCUGUGCGGUCAGCACCCGUCCCCAGCGUAGCCACCAUCAGGGUCUCUGUCACCAAAGAUGAGCGCGCUGGUUCUCAGGCCCUGCCCUUACUUCCCUCGCUGGCCUGGAAUGAUAACGGGCUGCUGCUAUGGGGCAAAGCCGACUACUCUGCCUGCUGGAAGGUCCUUCACACAGAGGAGGAGGUGGCCCCUGGCUCCUGGCGGCAGCUACAGCUGCAGGAUGAGCAGGGUACCCAGAUUUCACAAGAAGGUGCUCCCUUGGCCUGCAAGGGGGUGCGGAAGCCCGUGCGUCUGGAUGCUCUUGUGGGGAGCUGUGUGUCGAGGAUCCUCAGGAGAGGGGCUGCCCUGGAGCAGCUUCGUCCCUGCUCGUCUCGAGCUCGGAGCCACCUGUCCUGUGCUCCGCCGCCCGCCCCCCGCGCUGCCCCGAGCUGGGAGCAGUUUCCCAGGAAUGCGACCACACUGCUGACCAGUGGUGCCUCCUCUCAGCCCGCCCGGUGGGUCACAGACUCUGGUCACCGCCAGGCCGAGGAUCAGCAAGGACCAGCCCUUGAGAUUGGAGCUGAGUUCCGAAGGUUCUCCUUGGACCCAAAGCCUGGAAAGUUCGAAGACUUCUACAAGCUGGUUGUGCACACCCAUCACAUCUCCAACACCGAGGUGACCAUCGGCUACGCGGACGUGCACGGCGACCUGCUGCCCAUCAACAACGAUGACAACUUCUGCAAGGCGGUCUCCAGCGCAAACCUGCUCAGGGUCUUCAUCCAGAAACGAGAAGAGGCCGAGCACUGCAGCUUCGGGGUGGGCUCGCUGUCCAGGCGGCGGCGCCCCCUGGCCCUGCGGGAGGACGGCCCUCGCCGGCGCACACACCUGCACAUCGGCCUGCCCCACGACUUCCGCCCCGUGUCCUCCAUCAUCGACGUGGACAUCCUCCCCGAGACACACCGCCGUGUGAGGCUGUACCGGCAUGGCUGCCAGAAGCCGCUGGGCUUCUACAUCCGCGACGGCACGAGCGUGCGCGUGGCCCCGCAGGGGCUGGAGAAGGUGCCCGGCAUCUUCAUCUCCCGCAUGGUGCCCGGCGGCCUGGCCGAGAGCACUGGGCUGCUGGCCGUGGACGACGAGGUCUUGGAGGUGAACGGGAUUGAGGUGGCCGGGAAGACGCUGGACCAGGUCACGGACAUGAUGAUCGCCAACAGCCACAACCUCAUCGUCACGGUCAAGCCGGCCAACCAGAGGAACAACGUGGUGCGUGGCAGCCGUGCGUUGAGCAGCUCCGGCCGCUCCUCGGACAGCACGGCCAGCCGCCACAGCCUGCCUGCAGCCCACGUCCUGCAGAACUUGCCCCCUGACGAGAUGGAGAGCGACGAGGAGGCCGACGUGGUCCUCGAGGGCGUCCUGGAGCCCCGGCUGGUACCCAGGCCACCACCAGGCAGCCUCGCUCGGGUCAACGGCGCUGGCCUGGUGCCCGGCCUGCACAGCCCUGGGCGGGAGGGCAGCGUCCAGAGGCUGCUCAGCUCCCUCCGGUCCGACCCCCGCCACAGCCUGGCCCUGCCCCCCGGAGGGGUGGAGGAGCACGGGCCGGCAGUCACCCUGUAGGGCCAGGCGUCCGACAGGUCAGUUUCCCGAGGGGAAAUACUUCCUUCUUCUUAAAGUUUUAUUCCAGUCUUAAAAUAAGAAAAAAUUGUAUACUGCACGCCUCCUUUUUGUUGUUUUUACUUAUCCCUCCCUUUUCUCCCACAGCCCUACUCUUUAUUCCAACUUAUGGAGAGAAAAGAAUAUUGUAUUUUUGUAGAAUUUCUCCACAGAACGUAAAAUACAUACACAUGCACCGUCUGUACGAGGCUGGGUGAGGGUCUAGCACCUUUGUCAAGUGGUAGAAAGGAUCUGACCAAGUGCAGAAAAUACUUCAUUUUUAAAUUUUAAAAAUAUACUUUUUAAAAUGAAGCUUUAACAUUACUUUUUUAAAAUAGUCGAAUUCAUGUUUUCACUGUGCUUCCUGCCGACUUGCACUGAUUCUGCUGACGGGCCAGAGGCUAUGAAGAUGGGACGUGGCAGGAAGGUAGGUAGAGGCUGGUUUUCAAGAGCAAAUGCACCCACACCUGGAAUAAUAAUAAGCAUGGCGGUAUGGGGAUGAAUUUCAGAAUGUUGCACUGUUGCAGUCCUGUCUCACAUAGCGUGAAGUGGUCGUGGUGGCCACGGCAGCGGACUCGCCCCGACAGGCAGUUUUGUGAGGCCGUCAGAGGUGGCCUGUUUUUAGCCUUUGAGGUGAAUUUAAUUUUGGGAAGAGGGUGGAAGGCACAGCUCACCAGUACCAUCUGUGAUCAAAAGCCAGCAUUUACUCUGAGGUAAAAACCAGUCUGUUCCUGUGGAUUGUGACCCUGAGGGCAGUUUGUGAAGUGUUUCCAGCACUUCACACAGGCCUUCGAAAGGUCAGUCAUUUGGAUUUGUGGGUUCUGUGAUCUUUGACUUUAAAUAACAAGUCACAUGGAAUGUAAAGAUUUUUUUAACACAGAUUAAAUUCAUUGUCACUUCCUUUGGUAUUCUAGCAAUAUUCACUUAUUUAGUAAUUUUAAAGGUUUAUUCAUGUUUCAGCCAAUCAAACUUUAUAUGACCUGUAUUUUCUACUUGAAUCCAGUGUCGAGGAGAAAAUGUUACACUUGUACUUUGAAAACUAAACUUUCACCCAAAAAAGUUUUCAUGUAAAUACAGGUAAACGUACUUUUGUAGGUUGCCUUUUGGGAAACUACGUGGCUGCUUCUCCUGUGGUCAGGCACCCCCUGCUGGUAGUGGCAGAGCUGACUUUAUGGAUGGCAGGUUGAUAACAGGUGGAAAGCAGUGUGUCUCAAUGUGUUCAUUUCUCCUGAAUUCAUUAAGUGAAAAGCAAAUUAUUUUUCUCUUGGAAACUAUUUAUUGGGCAUAAAUAGCUUUUAUUGAGUAGUUGUGGUCUCCUGCACCUUUGUUUUUGUUAUUUGUAUGCCAGGAUCACUGUCUGUUUUGGUCCUAAGUACAGGGAAGACCAAAGAUGCUCCCCUUUGAGGUCUAGGACCCCCAAAUUUAUGGGCUCCAAUGAACUGUACGAGCAUUUUUGGGCACCAGGAGUCAGAAGUGUUUUUUUACUAUGACAAGUAUUGUAGAACCAAAACUCUUAUGCUAACUCACUAUCACAAAGGAAAUGUUCUUUUAUUAAGUUAUUGCUGGUUAUUGAAUAUCUUGUCAAAUAACUAGGUGUGUUUUUUAAGUAAAUGUGAAUAAUUUUUUAAAGGAAAAAAAGGCUUAUGCUGAGAUUUGUGUGCUAUUGUUCAUAAUUUUAGGAGUUAUGAAUUGUCUUGAGCAGCUGCUUGAGUGUAUUUUUCUACCCAGGUCUAUAUUUCUGCAAUUUUCUUUUUUAAAAAAAAAAAGGACAAAAAAAACUAUGUUGUAUACACAUUAAAGUUUUCUUUUAUAUCAAAGAAUAAAAACUUUUUCUUUGCUGCUUUCAGCUGUGUUCUGAAUACUGGAGAGAAUGUCUGUUAACGAUCAGCAGAGAUAAACUCAGCCUCAGGAUGAAGUACCUAAUGU